AUGCAAUCAUACCCUUCUCCCGGUGCCGUCGCCGCAGAUAGCGGUGCCCCCUUCUUUUCGUCGAAUAAUACUCCAGGCCAGCAACAGACAAGUCAACGUAACUCCGAUGAUCUUCAAAUGACCGCUCAACUUACUACUGGUCUCACGCCAGUGAUAAAUGUCACAACUGGUGGGCCAAUGUCAGAUGUGCAGGUUCAAAGAGGUCAAGGUCAGGUUGAUGUAAAUCAACAGUAUAAAAAUGAGCAGGAUCAUCAUGCCCAUUUACAACCAAGCCCAAGCUCAUUGGAUCAGAUUGGGGGACAUUAUGGAAAUAUAGACGGAUCUUUAGCACCAAGAAAGCGUUCUAAAGUAUCAAGGGCAUGUGAUGAGUGUCGCCGGAAGAAAAUUCGGUGCGAUGCAUCAGGCAAUCAGUCCGAAGAGUACUGCACAAACUGCAAGCGCGUAGGAGCGCGCUGUCAGUUUAGUAGGAUUCCGAUGAAGCGAGGUCCCAGCAAAGGAUAUAUUAAAGAGCUUGCAGAUCGCCUGCAUACACUAGAAGGCGCCAUGCACUCAGGAGAAAUAGUCCCUCAAUACUUACCUUCAACUGAACGACGAGGAUCCGAGGACUUUUCGCCAUCCUUAAGUACAGAAAAUAUGUCGAGAAAAAGAAGAUUUUCGACCACUGCAGAGUUUGGAGCUUACUUAACACAGCGACCAUUAGCAUCUUGGGAUACACCUUCACAGGAUGCCCCUCGUAACCUUCCUCAAACUUCCUCAGACCUUGCAUCUCCCCAGACAGCUUCCGCUGUCGCACACAUGUUCCGAGAGACCAACUACUCUCCAAAUGGUCUCCAAACAGCCAUAUGGCGAAACGAGCCAGAGCAACCGAGGCAGUCAAGUAGCUCAUAUGAUGAUCUUGACCAUGAUCAGGCUUCGCCAAAAAAAGAGAUUCAAUGGGAUCAUGGAACAUUAGACGCAUAUUAUAAUAUAAUUCAUACUACAUACAGUAUUCUACCCCACAGCAAAAAUAAGACCAUCGCUCAAUUACUAAGCUGUCCUGUGCCUCUUGGUGAAGCGAUUCAUGAGGCUAUCUCUGGUGCAGUGAACUCCUUCUCCAAGAAUAAUAGCACAUCAUCCGAUAUCACAAAUAUUCGAAGGUCAGCACGAUAUACCCUGCUCUCGUCACUUGAAGAUGCACCAUCGCGACCUCUAUGGCUUAACAUCAUCUAUUUGCAAACCAUGUUGCUGUUGGCAAUUGAGGUUGAGAAUAAUGCUCUCUGUCAUCCUAAAGCACAAUCUGGUCAUUCACGGUCGGUCUGGAUUAGUAAUACGAUUGGCCUCGCAUAUUCGAUCAAGUUAUUCUUGUACAAACCUGAUAGACUAAAAGACAUGGACCCAGACACUGAUGAAAAGGUUGCGCGUAGGAUAUGGUGGUCUUUGUUUGUGAUGGAUAGAUGGAACUCCGCUAGCACAUCCAGCCCGGCCUUGAUACCUGAUACAGCUUCUGUCCUAUAUCCCGAUGACUUGCCUCUGCUGGGAGAUGUACUGUGGAACUUAGCUCGCCUAUCAACUAUUUUAGGGCAUAUAUCCACCAUAAAUACUGUUUCCAACACUCUGCCACCAUUAAGUGUUCCCUUAGCUUCCGCCUACGGUGCAACUGUAAAGGGAGAACUGGAGCGUGUGCGAGAGAGUUUGCUAAGUACCUACUGCCAGCCUCUAGUAUUAAUGGCUUACUGGCAUCUUCGAAUUUUAGUUGAAUUACAACUAGUUGACUCUGAGCCCAAUGAUCUUGUCGAAAUUGCCGCUAGUGCCGUCGAUCACAUAGCUCAAAACCCUGAUUUUGUUAGCCCUUUGAGGAAUCAUUUCAUAUUUCUUAUAAUUCUCGCCCUUAUUGAUCUCCUCGACUACGAUAUGACUAGGUCUCAAUCCGAAAGUCAGCUCAACUUCAUUAUCGAAAAACCUCUGAUAACAACUGAAUGGCAGACCGUUGUUCGAACUAUGAUAAAUCGAAGGAAACUACAAACAUGCACCUCAUCAAAUAACCCCCUCCCCACGGAAAACGAGCAUCAUGUAGAUAUUGAAAAUCUAGUAAGACUAGCUGAUCUUGCCACUGCAGCCGGGGCUAGUCGAGAGCUUCCAGUUAUGAGCUCGGGAACCAUUGAAGAUAAACCCAAUAGCUCACCUUUUAGAUAUUACGGUCAUCUCCGUGAACAGGUCCGUAAUGGAUUUCUUUGUGCCUUUGCUGCGGAAACAUCAGAAGGAUGA